CGUGUUUGUUUUCUGUUUCUUCGUUCUUCGAAUUUGGCUAUCUGUUCAUCCUAAUUGUAUAAAGUUUCAGCUGUUUCUUUUGUUUAAUUUAAAGUAAUUUCAUUUUUCCAAUUCCAUUGUUGUCACUAACGACGAUGGUUCAGCAAAACUGAAUAGAUAUACGCGAAUAUGCCUUCUAAAUGAUUGUUCUUCGUCGCCUUUCGUGGCAUUGGUGGUUGAGCCGUCGAGUAUUCGGGUAGUUUCCAGGUUUCCUAAUAUGGGGGCCCUCUGUUUUCCAGGUAAACACAGAAAAGAUUUUUAAUCAGAUUCUUGAGUUGCUCAGUUUUCGAUAAUAUUUUGAGGUUCUUUCUAUAAUUUGGAUUACUGGGCGACGAAGAACAGAUGAAUUUGGUGGACUGUUUGGUGAUCUGAGAAGAGGUAUCGACGGUAUCCGAUCCGUAUUCCAUUGUCUCGAGUCUGAAGUAGUCCAAGAACCUCACAGUUUAGUAGGGUGUUACAAUUGGGGUUUGGAUUUAUGGAGAAAUUUUGAGUUUUUGCGAUCUGGGUCGUUGAGAAAAUCGUCUCUUGGGAAGAUGUACGCGGUGGAGAGGCUGAGUAGCUACAUCAGCCGCGGCGUUUAUACAGUUUCUGGCCCUUUUCACCCUUUCGGAGGAGCUGUUGAUAUAAUUGUAGUCCAACAACCAGAUGGAAGCUUCAAGUCAUCGCCUUGGUAUGUCAAAUUUGGCAAGUUUCAAGGGGUAUUGAAGACGAGGGAGAAGGUGGUUAGUAUAAAUGUUAAUGGAGUCGAAGCUGAGUUUCAUAUGUACUUGGAUCAUAAAGGAGAAGCUUACUUUUUCAGAGAGUUGAACGGGGAACAAGGGGACUCUGUCUUGUCUCCUCCAUCUUCCGGCGAUGAGACGGAGGAGCAGUCUCAGAGUGAAGGGAUUAAAAAGUCUAAAAGUGGAGAUUUUGAUGCUAAUCAUCCAAGCUCCGCCGCUCCAACUGAUGAGGCGAAUGCAAAUAUUUUGACGAAUUCGAGUUCUCGUCGGUCUGGAAUUCUGGGAUUCGUAUUUGGACGUAAAUCCAUGAAGAAAGACGGUAGUAGGAGUGAAGGCAGCUGCGUUGGCGCCGAACGGAUGAGUUCGCUGGAACGUACAGAAAUUGCAGCUGACCUUUUGGAGGUGAAGUGGUCUACCGACCUUCCAAUCAUCGAGCAUAAUAUGGAUAAUGCUUCUAAGUUUGCCGUGCCAGUCAAUGAGGUUGAUGAGGAUUUGCAGGCUAAUAACGAAGAAAGCCCGGGUGGCUCGUUGCUUCUUGAUAUCAUUAACAUUAGUUCUGAUCUUCCUUUUGUAAAUGUAGAAACUGAUCCCUGCAAUAAUUCUGCGUCUGGUCCUAAUAAUCCAGAGAGUUCUAAUGAGGCGACUAGUCCAAUGGAGUCACCUUUGACAACCGACGAGCAAUUCAUGGAGAUUUCCACGUUUGAGGCAUUUGAUAGAUGUGAGAUAAUCUCUGAAGUAUCAACAGUUACUGAUGAAUUUAGUUCAAGUAGUACUGUUUUUGAUGAGAGGACCCAAGGUUCUGUUUCUGAGAGUACUAUGGCUGGUUCGCAGAAUCCAAAUUUGGUCGAGCUUGAAGCAGGGCAGAGUACACAUUCUGGUAUAGAACAAUCUUCCGGUAAAAUGUCUACUGCUUUAAGCAAUGGUAUUUCUGAGGAGAAAACUGAAAAUGAAAACUUUAACUUCUUCACAUACAGUGAAACGACAGAGAUCUCAACCGUAGGGAUGAAUGGCUCCUUUGAGCAAGCCACUGAGAGACUGGAAUUUUGUUAUGGCAGGUGUGAGGAAGUUGAGGCUCAUGCUCAAGUUCUAUAUCAGAACUCUGAGCUUAUAACUGAGGUAACCCUACAACCAGAUUCUAGAGUACUCACAGUUGAAGAAAAUCUUUGUUCUACAGGAAUUGUAGGAGAUGGAGAUUUCUCUGAUUUUCUUGACACUAAAACUGUUCAUGAAAAUGAGUUAACCUCUCUUAACCCAGUUGCAGAGUCCCUUGUACCAAUCAAUUUGCAUGUGAGUACUUUUAAUUAUGUUGAAACUGAGAUUUUACAAGUGAAUCACCAAGAUACUGUGACCGAUGGCCUUCCUCAGAAUGAUAAUUUGAAGACAGUACCGGUUGAGGUUCUGGAGAAUGAAUCCCCAAUAACAGAUCUUUCUCAUUCUCAUAUAUCCGAGUAUAAUGGGGUAGAUCUUGGAAAGCCAUCAAAGGUGCUAGUGUUGCUUAAUCAAGAGGCUGGUGUCAAGGAAAUCUUUGAUUUGAUUGAAGAAGCAGUGCCACAAAGUAUGCACACCUAUUCUGAUAGCAGCAGCUCAAGUCCAGUCCAGUGGAAGGAACAUAUUGGUCUAGAUGAUAACAUAAAAUAUCACUGUCCUUCAUCGGAGUUUGGUCGUGAUACUCAAGAAGCAAUUGUUGAUUCUGUCUUUGUGAAAGAAAGCAUUCCACCAUCAGGGAAUUCAGAAGAAGACCUGCUUCUGUUUGGUGACAUUGAUGGUCUUGAUCCAGUUGAGGUCCAAUUUAAGGAACCAGUUUCUCAAGAAUCCAUGCAGACCGAAAAUCAUCCAGCCCUCAUCUUGGAUGGCAUUGAAGAUGACUCUGUGAGAGUCAAUAUAAAUCAUGCUUCAUCUUCGUCUCCGGGAAAGCUUGAUGAUGAGUAUCCUGCAAGAAGUUUUCAAGGUUUGAUUGAGGAAUCGGGGACUCACUCAAGUCCAAUUAGUAUUCCAAAAGCUCCUAUGGCUUCAGGGGAAAAGGGGGUGUGGUUGCCAGAAUCUUUACCCAUUAUACGGCACAUUGAUAGUCUGAAAGGAUCAAAUGCUCAUCAUCCUCUAAGUCAUUCUCUAGAUUCAAAUUCUGAAAAUUUGAAGUUAGGUCUUCUAGGGCAAGUUGCCUCGACCUUGUCAAAGCCAGAUGCAGACUCUGAACAUAACUUAGCACAUGAACAUCCUAGAAUUUUGGGUACUCAAGCCUCUGAGGAACUUGGACUUCAAUCAACCUGCAGUCCUGUUGGGGAUCCAGAAAGAGCGAUUGUUCAAUCUGGCGGAAGCUGGAGACUCUGGCCUUUCCCAAUCGGAAAAUCAAGAACUGUGAACUCUAUACGGCCAGCUCUGAAUAGCACUAGAGAUUCUGAUGCUUCAGAUUGCACUGGUGAUAUGAUCAACGAUAAAAAUGUACCCAAAACCAAGGCCACUAAAAAGAAGGUUAGAUCAAUCAUUCCAACAUCUGAACAGCUGGCAACCUUGAAUCUGGAGGAAGGACGGAACUUUAUAACCUUCACAUUUUCAACUGCAAUGCUGGGGAGGCAGCAGGUGGAUGCUAGAAUUUAUUUGUGGAAAUGGAAUACUCGUAUAGUUGUCUCCGAUGUUGAUGGUACAAUUACAAAAUCAGAUGUUCUUGGACAAUUCAUGCCUUUGGUUGGAAAAGAUUGGUCACAGACAGGUGUUACACAUCUAUUCUCUGCAAUUAAGGAAAAUGGCUAUCAGUUGCUUUUCCUCAGUGCUCGUGCAAUUUCUCAGGCAUCUCUCACGAGGCAGUUUCUGUUCAACCUUAAGCAGGAUGGAAAGGCUCUACCUGAUGGGCCAGUUGUAAUUUCACCUGAUGGGCUCUUUCCUUCCCUCUACCGAGAGGUUAUUAGAAGAGCUCCUCAUGAAUUCAAGAUAGCAUGCUUGGAGGUUAUCAAGGCGUUAUUUCCUCCAGAUUGUCACCCGUUCUAUGCUGGUUUUGGAAAUAGAGAUACUGAUGAGAUUAGCUACCUUAAGGUUGGAAUUCCCAAAGGAAAAAUCUUCAUCAUUAAUCCUAAGGGUGAGGUUGCAAUAAACCGGUGGGUUGACACAAAAUCAUACACAUCUCUCCACGCACUUGUGAAUGGAAUGUUUCCAGCCAUGUCCUCAGCUGAGCAGGAGGACUUCAAUUCAUGGAAUUACUGGAAAGUGCCUCUACCUGAAAUCAUUGUUUGAAGAUACUGAAGAGAUUUCUUGGUUUCUCGGUCAACCAUAUUGAUUCGGAUGCAGAAGUGUCAUUAUCUCGUUUCUAGAAUUCAAUCUGCUAUGAUGUUCAUGGUCAGGGAUGGGUGGCGACAGAGACAAACUUGAGCGAUUAUUUGUGCUUGGGUUUGAUUAUACGUUCAUGGCAGAAAAUGUUGUACAGCCUAGUAUGUAUUAGAUGGAUUCAUACGUAUUCUCUAUCAGGUUACUGGAAUUUAUAAAAGUUGUGUUCAUGUGAUCCAGUUAACACUGUAAGCAUUGAUGGGUAAAGCUAAUAAAAAUAUGGGCAUUACCCUGAAAACAUACAUGUAUUGUUGUUUCUACAUGCAAAAGCAAUUUUUUC